ACAUAUCUUCAUGUAACUCUUCUAUCAUCGCACUACAAAAUGCAUGGAGUUUCGUCUUUAUGAAAAGUGUACCCGAAGGAAUUGUAGACAGGACCGUCCCCGUAGUAACGGGACGCGCUCUCCAUAGCAACAUGUACACGCGGCGCCGCCCCGUGCGUCAAACGUUACUAGGCAGCCGGGCAGCCCAUAACAAAAGGCGGCCAUGGCGGUGACUGUCUUACAACACUGACUCACGGACACAAAUCUUGAACAAUGUCAAACUGUAUGGAUACAAGGAUCCCACUAGCUCCAAUGGGAGAUCAUCAGGGCUUGAAGCUUGCAGCUGGCAGCCACGCACCAUCCCCUUCUGCCCAGCCUGAGUCCCACACCCUGGUAUGCUGGUGUGCUACGUCUGUGGGAGACAGUUUGGCUCCCACUCUAUAAGACUACAUGAGCCCAAGUGUCUGGAGAAGUGGCAUAGGGAGAACUACAAGUUACCCGUGGGUCAGCGCAAACGGUCACCGGUUAAACCCUUUUCAUUGCCUCAUAUAGACGGACGUCAGACCACACCCCAGGAAAACAAGGGGACAAAAAAGGAAACUGUUUCACGACUUGAGAGGCCCAAAACUAGAACCCUGGAGAGACCAAAGACUAGGACAUUGUCCAAGAGACCGCCAAGACCAGGCACUGCUACGUUAGAGAAUCCCUCUCUUCCCGAUCACCAAAUCAUUGACAUUGAUGAGUCCCCACGUACUUCUCAAGGAGUUGCUAUCGUGUCUCCAAGGUUAGACCUUCCUCCAGUUUCUCCUAGAUCAAGACAGCAUUACCGUUCUGGUAGUUCAUCAAGCACACCCAUCUCCAGACCUGAGUCUAAAGGAGGCGCUAGUAGUUCAAGGUCUUCUAGUCAAAAGAGUGAAAACAACAUGUCUAGCAAAAGCAAGUCAGGAAGUGCAAAAGCAAAGAGAAUAGCUCGCCCAUCUACAGUUACACUAAGUGACAACAGUGAGGGUGGUUCAACCAAACCUAAGGCAAACCUACCCACUGUUGCACCAAAGAGGCCUACAUUCAGGGUAUGCUAUAUCUGUGGAAGAGAGUUUGGGUCCAAAUCAUUAGCAAUCCAUGAACCACAGUGUAUCGAGAAGUGGAAAGCAGAAAACGCCAGGCUACCAAAGCACCUUCGCCGUCCCACGCCCGUCAAACCGCAGGAGGUUGCAGUUAAAGGUGGAGGCAGCUACGAUGUGGAUGCAGCUAAUGAGGCAGCUUGGCAGAGCUCCCAGGCCAGUCUGGUUCCAUGUCCUACAUGUGGGCGAACCUUUCUACCUGACCGUCUUCCUGUGCACCAGAAGGGCUGUAAACCCAAAGAUGGCAGCUCUGCUCACAAAACCACCCCCUCUGCUACUGCCACAUCCUCUCCUCCAAAAGGAGGGGCUGUACCGAAACCAUCAUCAUCAUCAUCAGUCCCUCAGAAGCCGCGGACUGUCGUGUGCUACAUCUGCGGCAGGGAGUUUGGCUCCAAGUCUAUCGACAUCCACGAGCCGCAGUGCCUGAAAAAAUGGCGGUUAGAAAAUAAGCAGCUUCCACGCGACCAAAGACGACCCGAACCCAAGAAGAUUGGAACGUCGUUGAUGAGUGCAGAAGAGAGGAAUGAAGCAGCGUGGAAGAGCGCUCAGUCCCAGAUGGUGCCCUGUGGGAACUGUGGACGCACUUUCAACCCAGACAGGCUGCCAGUCCACCAGCGUAGCUGCAAGCCUAAGGGUGGUGCUUCAGGUGGCCCUAACCUGUCAAAAACAUAUCCAACUCCAUCGAAGUCGAAGACUCCAGUUGUCCGACGCCCUGCCACCGUGGUGUGCUACAUCUGUGGGAGGGAGUUUGGGACCAAGUCCAUCUCCAUCCAUGAACCACAGUGUAUGAAGAAAUGGCACAUAGAGAACGAUCAACUGCCCAAGUCCAUGCGCCGUCCAGAACCCAAGAAACCCGAAGUCAGGCCCAUCACAGUAGGAGGAAAUGCUUCUGGCUCCUAUGAUAUUGAUGCAAUGAACGAGGCAGCAUGGCAGGCAGCCCAGGCUAACCUGGUGCCGUGCCCCAUCUGCGGUCGGACCUUCUUGCCAGACCGACUCGUGGUCCACCAGAGGAGCUGCAAACCCAGGAAGACAACAACGGAGUAAAUCCCUGGUCAAAGUCGACAUGUGAUUGGUGUAACAACAUCUAUGGUUAAUGAUCAUUGCUCAAUCUGUGUCAAGGACAGAAAAGGUUGACAAAGGAUACUUGUUGAUGAUUGGUUAUGUCAUGGCUACCCAGAAAAUCCUAAAAGCCUCAAAUUGUACCCUACUCCAAAAUAUUGUAGAAAUACAUAAUAAAAAAAAACAUGUACACAAGAAAAUGUUUAUGUUGUAUGCACCAUUUUCAUUGCAUGCAAAUUUAUACAAUAAAGAACUGAAAGGCAUUUAUGCUGAAGAAAGCCAUAAACCAACGAACGAUAUAUUAAGCAGUACAAAUUGAGGAGUGAUGUUUAUAUUAUUCUGUAUUUUUGCCAACAUUAUAUCUUAAGGUACCAUAAUGUGCUACUGUGAAAGACAAUGGUAUACAGGAUAUGUGUACAUGUAUUUCUAAAAAUGUAUAUUUGCACAUGAUGACUGGAGUUCUAAUCACCACAACAGCUCAACAACCACUAAUAGCAAUAUAACCUCCAGACACAUCUACUUUAUUUGCUUUAUUAUUGGGCACCUAUGCAAAGAAUACAUUAGUCAAGACGAAGAGCUGAAAGUGGCUUGGAGGAAAACUUAAGUAUAUUUCAUCUCUGUAACUUAGAGCAACCAUCAUGUAUUCAGCUGUUUCACAUUGAUUCUCUAGUUAAAUAAGCAUCAUUUUUUCAAUCACAAACUAAGCUAUUGUUCCCUAAUUAUAGGUGUUUUGUCAUGUCAUGUCAUGUGACUCAGGUCUAAGUGAGGAUAAAGAAUGAUAC